AUGAGCAACGAACCGGAGAGUAGCGGAGAACGCGAUGAUAUUCCAAUCGCUCCAUCGCCUGCUACAUCAGUUUCAUCAUUAUUCAGUGAACAAUCAGAGAUUCGAAAUUCACCGUGAGUUUUCUUUGAAUGUAUUUUAUUGAAAAACAUAUUGCGGCGUGCAAAAAUCGAAGAAAAAUAGUGAAUGUCAUAAAAAAAUAAAUUUAAUGUGAUGCGACCAAAAAAGCCAAUUUUCUCUGUCAAUUUUAUUAUUUUUUUUUUCUUCUUCUAGAUUUCUCAGCCAAUCUUCGCCUCUUUCAACAUCUUCAGUCUUUCAACGACCGGAUUUUUUAUCAAGUAAGGGGUUUUUGCUAUUUUUCAAUACAUAUGUAUUUCGUAAUCAUUUUGAAAAUAUUUUUUUUCAGCAAACAUUCCUGAUUCGGAAACCUCUUCUCGCUCUUCUUUGGACGGAAUGAAUUUGCGCGAUUCGACAUCGGAGAAAAUCGAAAAGUUCAGGAUGCGUCACAAUAAACGCUCGCCGAGUCAAUCACCAAGCGAUGGAGAAGAAGAAGUUGAUGUUGUAAGGAAGAUCAGCACACCAAUUGUGAGUUUUUCUAGAAAUUAAGAAAUAUACAUAUAUUUUGAAAAAUUGAAGUGGAGGUGUGAAAAACAAAUAUCUUUUAUUGAAAUGAUAGAAACUUCUAACAAAUUGUUGUUGAGCCGGCUAAAACACAGAACAGCCCUUCACCAAUCUAAUUUCAAGCUUGAGCGUAUGAUCGUAGAUAAAGCCUCCACUGAAACUUGAAAUUUUGAGUGGGGACCUUUUCUGAAUGUUAAGGAGGGUCUUCAAGAAAAUUUUUGGCAUAAUAAUUUUUCAAACAGCCCCCACAAUAUUAUUGAUUUUCACAAAAAUUUGCAUGAUCAAAACCAAAUGAAUUAUUUCAGAGCGAGGAAAAAUUUGUUGGACGCGGAAUUGAUGCACCACGCGGAAGAAUCGCCAACAUUCGACGUGAAAGUAAUUGCUCAGUCGACAGCGAAGUUGCACACGAAAGACUUGUCAAAGUAUCGCAACAAGUUUCGACCGGUUUCGAUGACAUUUCCAUCGAACCAUUGCCAAGUGUAGCUGAUUAUCGUAGAAGAACUGCGUCUUUCUCAACAACACUUGGAGAACCGAUUAGUGUUGUUACGAAUGUUUUCAUUCCGCAUAGUUGCUCACCGAGUCCGACUCGACUUCCCGAUGCUUUUAAACAAUGUUAUUCGCCAUCGACUCAACAAGUUAUUCGACCACAUAUUUCAUAUAGUCCGAGUCCAAAACAAAGUCCAUCACAGAGUCCAACAAGACAUCACAAGAAGUUUGUUAGGUGAGUAUUUAUGGUAGUUUUGGGAGAACAUUGACACAUAUUUCAAAAUUUAAUACACUCACAAUAUCUGACUGUGAAAUUAUAAAGCAAUUAAACAUAUUAUCAAUUUGAUUUUUGAAUUUCUAAUUCCUAGAUCAAAUAUGAAAGUUUAGCUUUCAUUAUCUUAAAUUCAUUCAAAAACAACAAAAAAUUAAACUUGAGUUUCUCAUAUCUCCCGAAACCCAACAUUUAUCAUUAAAUCAUUUUCUUCCAAUUCUCAGUCGUUUUUGAUUUUCCGCUGUCAGAAUCCCCUGCAAAAAUAAUACGUUGACCAUUUUUCAAUCAGAUAAAUAGGUACAAGGGUUGAUGACGUUUAAUCGGGUUUAAAAAUAGGAUUUACGAUUCAAAACACAUCUUGAAAAGUUCUGCGUUUAAAAAAAUGUAUUGUUGAUUGAAAAAGAUCAGAAGACGGUUUUGACACAUCAAAUCCAUGGAAUAUUUUCAGAUCAGUUUCACCAAUUCUCUUGAACAACAGAAGCACAUUGAAACGCAAGCUAACAGCAAAAGAAGUCGAAAUGGAUCCAAAAAGAGCAUUGAUUCAUCGCAACAACACUUCGCCACUUGUCAACAAUGAUAGAUUUCCAUAUCCAUCUUCAGUGCAUUCAAAUGAAUCAGCAAGUGGAUUUGCGUCCCCGUCGUAAGUUUUUUUCAUUUUUAUUAGUGAAAAAGGAUGUAUUCAACUCUAUUUGGAUGUUGAUCUUAUUGAAAUGUUCUAUUUUGUGUCAAUUAAGUCUCGCAUGAAUGGCUCGAAACGUAAAUAGAUACGCUACGGUACAAAAGAUCAAAUCUAUAGUCUUUUUUGUGAGAAGAAUGUGGUUUUUUAGAAUUUUGGUAGUGAAUUGUUACAUUCCGAUAAGAUCUCUGACAGCUUAUGUUAGAAAAUUGAUACAGUCUAGGAAAAAUAGAAGAUGAAGCUAAAGAUACUGGUUGGGUAACGCCUGAAUGAUAGUGAUAGGAUACUUUUUCGAAACUCUUUGCAACAUUAGCCUUCAAUUUUAAAAUCCAUAAUUUUUCAGAGUCCCUCAUAGCCCAUGCGCAAUUGACUUCAAUCGAAGUCUCAGUGGACCAAGUGGGGAUUGCGACUCGGAUGAUAACAAUUCAUUCAACAAAGAAGAGAAAAUGGAUGUUACACCAACUGUUUCUGUAACAAAUACACCAAAGAAACCUGAUGUUGAUAUGAAUAAUGCCAAGGAAUUGAUCGAAGCAUCAAUGGCAGCUCCACUUCCAGAAAAUGAUGAUUUCUAG